AUGGGUGCUUUCGCUAGCUUGUUCAAGGGUCUUUUUAGCAAGAAGGAGAUGAGGAUUCUCAUGGUUGGUCUUGAUGCCGCCGGGAAAACGACGAUUCUUUACAAGUUGAAGCUUGGUGAAAUCGUUACAACCAUCCCAACAAUUGGUAAACUUAAGUUAACGUUAUGUUACUCUUCGGGGGUUAUUCCACGGAUCAUGUUAUUAUAUCAGUCAUGUAACACGUUUGUCAACUUUUGUUUGCAGGAUUUAACGUAGAAACAGUUGAAUACAAGAACAUUAGUUUUACAGUGUGGGAUGUCGGAGGCCAGGACAAAAUUAGACCACUUUGGCGACACUACUUCCAAAACACUCAAGGUAGUAAAAUAUAGUUUACGACCAUUAUUUCUUUGAUUCGCUUUGCACUUUGCAUUUAGUAGCUCAUGUUUGCGAAUUGGCAGAUAAGCAUUGUUGUAUGUUUUGUUUAGGUCUAAUAUUCGUUGUGGAUAGCAACGAUCGUGAACGAGUAGCAGAAGCAAGGGAAGAAUUAAGCAGAAUGUUGAAUGAAGAUGAACUCAGAGAUGCUGUUCUUCUCGUAUUUGCCAACAAACAGGUACAAAAUUAUCAUGAAAACACCUAAAACUACAACAAACGAUAUCAUAAGAAUGUCGAAUCCUGUUCCUUUAAUGUUUUAUUAUAUCAAGUGUUUAAUGUUCCUCAACUACCCUAUUUAUUAAAGAGCAAGAGCUUACGAGGGAUAUUCGUACAAAAUUCAUUUCCUUUGUCCGGAAUUUUUUUUUUAAUGGAUCUUGUCUUACAGCCAAGUGUUUUCAUUAAUUACAUAUGGCAAUAAGGAAUAAAUACAUAAGUCAUAUAAACAAUUACUGCUGGUUUGUACAUAAUGUCACGGCGGCAAUGUUGGAGGUCAAGAACAAAAGCAUUUCCCUCCCCUGGGAACUAACUCUAUUUUCAUGUAAAUUCUUUGACAAAAAAUUAUACAGUGAAACCUGUAUUAAGCGGACACUGUAUUAAGUGGACACCCUCUAUUAAGCGGACAGUAGCCGAAGUCCCCAAAUGUAUUUCCCCUAUUUUCUUUAAAUGAAACCUUUAUUGAGCAGACACCUAUUAAGUGGACGUGGAUGCCUAAAAAGUACCUGAAAUGGUCAUUUCUAUUGUUUCCAACCUGUAUUAAACGGACAGUGUAACUGAAUUCCACCAACCAACAUGCCAGACACCGGAAAUGCGAAAGAUUGCCAUCCACAAAUUUUUCAAUGUUUACAUUAAAAAACGUGACUUGACGAACUUAUUUGAUUAGUUUCACAGUACAGUAUUGUUUUCUAUUUCGUUUUGUUUGUAUAGAGCUUGUUUCACUCAUCCGAUUUCUUCAAAUUUGAGUUGCAAUCUAUGUUUAUGGUACUAUGAUCAAUUGAUCCACUUAAAUAAAGACAUUAUUGCAAACAUAUAUCGUCAUAGUCUCUGGGAGUACAGCUAAACGUUUCCACCGUUCAUUUGAAUGGCAUUUGACACCUCAAAUGACUUUAUCUAUCGAAACCUGUAUUAGGCGGACACCCUGUAUUAAGCGGACACCACAGCAUUCCCCGAGGGUGUCCGCUUAAUACAGGUUUCACUGUAUUCGUAUUGACCCCUUUGUCACAUGGUUGCAAGCCAAGAAUUAUUAUAUAGUCGAACCUCCAUAUGUGACCACCUAUCCAAAACACCAAAACGUUCCCAGUCAAAGCCUUCCAGUUGGAACCUCUUGUCAACGACCACCUCCCAUAGGGAACCGCAAGCAUUAUCUGGGGCUUAUGGUUUAAUGAUUUUCCACCCUUUUUAACCUCUUGUAAGUGACCACAUGAUGAUUUGUGUGAUCUCUUAUGUUCGCUGUGUGUACUAUGCUACUUUGAAUUAUAUACAAAGAAUUUUAGAAUCAACAUGGAACUCCACAUGAAAUUGCAUGCAAUUAAUUAGUUACCAUAAAGAUGAUGUGUCCAAACGUCUUCUCAGAAAAUACCCCUGUGGUUAGAUUCUUGUAAGCGAACACCUGUCAUAAGCGACCACUAGGUCUUCGCAUCUUAGGUGGUCAUUUACAGGAGGUUCGACUGUACUAGUAAUGAUAAUCAUACAGACAUCAGUAUUCUCUCCCCAGUCGCAUGCUUAGGGACCCCUCUGCUGGAAAAUAGGGGUCCUCAAAGAAACUUCACGGGGACAAAGUUAUUCUAAUUGGACAGUACAAAAUGCAGAUUGCAGACGAUUGUUUUCAGAGUUAGAAAACAAAGGUACUAUAGUUGUCACGUCCUCAUUUGCAUGGUGAAAACAAUGGUCUGCAGCAGUCUACCAUCUGCAUUUUGUACUGACUGUUAUUCUAAUCUACUCUACCCUUAUCUGUUAUCAGUGAACACCAAGAACGAAGAACAAGAGCCCAUGCUCUUAAUAGUCUGUAGUCAGUGCGCUAUGAGUGACCCUAACAAUAUUUUUGUACAACCUUUUUGGAACAGCUGUAGUAUCAUUAUGCUUACAUUAUUUAUUAUUAUUCUUUUUUUAGGACUUACCAAAUGCAAUGAAUGCAGCUGAAAUAACGGACAAAUUAGGCUUGCAUAGCUUAAGAAACCGUUUGUGGUACAUCCAAGCAACGUGUGCAACAAGCGGAGAUGGAUUAUAUGAAGGUCUUGAUUGGCUUUCCAAUGAGUUGAAAAAGAGAAAAAACUAA